AUGGCUUACACCGUUGUUUUCUUUGAUCUGGAGACAACUGGACUAGACACCGAAAGAUGUGACAUCAUUCAAUUAGCAGCCGUCUGUGGCACACGCGUUUUCAACGCCUACACCGUCCCGCGCUGCCACAUCACCGAAGAGGCCAGCAGAAUCACCGGCUUCUCCAGGGAGAACGGCCGUCUGCUCCUCCACAGGGUGCCCGUUCAUACCGUCCCCCUUCGCCAAGCCCUCACCUCCUUUGUCGAGUUCCUGUCCUCUUUCUGCGGACCCGUGUACCUGGCGGCCCACAACGCCAAUCGCUUUGACGCCCCCGUCCUCAACAGGAUGCUGAAGGAGUUCUCCCUCGUGAAGCAGUUCGAGAGGGCCGUGUCCUACUACCUGGACACUUUUCUGCUCGCCAAGAGAAUGUUUUGUAAUUUGUAUAGCUACUCCCUGAAAUACAUGGCGAGUCGCUUCCUGGGCAAGACCUACGACGCUCACAACGCGCUGGAGGACGCCAGGGUGCUGCAGGAGCUCUUCGAAGUGUGGCAACCGGGCUGGAAUGCCGUACGGUAUUCCUUGGUCUAA